CCUCUGAAGCGGGCUGGGUGCCGGGGGGCGCCGAGUUUGACUAGUUUGGGGGCCGCCAGGCGCCUGGCGCUGCUCCCGCCGCCCGCCGCGCCCCGCUAGCUGCUCCUCGGCCGGACCCAGCGUGUCGCGCCCGUUCCCGCGGGGACCCGCACUGGAGGCUGGGCGGCUCUCGGCGAAAGUUGGCCCCUCACGGGCAGGCGGGCGAGCGGGCGGCCGCGACCAUGGAGCCCCGCAGCAUGGAGUAUUUCAGCGCCCAAGUGCAGCAGAAGGACGUCGGCACCCGCUUGCAGGUCGGCCAGGAGCUGCUGCUCUACCUCGGUGCCCCCGGCGCGGUCCCGGACUUGGAGGAGGACUUGGGCCGCCUGGGCAAGACGAUCGACGCACUCACCGGCUGGGUGGGCUCGAGCAACUACCGGGUAUCAUUAAUGGGAUUGGAAAUUUUAAGUGCCUUUGUGGACAGAUUAUCAACACGAUUUAAGUCCUAUGUAGCAAUGGUUAUUGUAGCUUUAAUAGACAGAAUGGGAGAUGCCAAAGACAAGGUUCGUGAUGAAGCUCAGAAUCUGAUACUGAAGUUAAUGGAUCAAGUAGCACCGCCCAUGCACAUUUGGGAACAGUUGGCUUCUGGCUUUAAGCACAAGAAUUCUCGAUCCCGAGAAGGCGUGUGUCUGUGUCUUAUUGAAACCUUAAACAUUUUUGGAGCUCAACCAUUAGUCCUCAGCAAGUUGGUACCGCAUUUGUGUGUGCUAUUUGGAGAUUCCAGCAGUCAGGUGAGAGAUGCCGCAAUAUUGGCCAUAGUGGAGAUUUAUAGACAUGUGGGAGAGAAAGUAAGGGUGGACCUUUCUAAGAGAGGAAUUCCCCCUGCUAGGUUAGAAAUGAUAUUUGCCAAAUUUGAUGAAGUGCAGAAUUCAGGUGGUAUGAUUUUCAGUACCUGCAAAGAUAAAAGCUUUGAUGAUGAAGAAUCAGUGGAUGGAAAUAGGCCAUCAUCAGCUUCUUCAGCCUUCAAGGUUCCUGCACCUAAAGCAUCCGGAAAUCCUGUCAACAGUGCAAGGAAGCCUGGUUCAGCAGGUGGCCCUAAAGUUGGAGCAGGUGCUUCUAAGGAAGGAGGUGCAGGAGCAGUUGACGAAGAUGAUUUUAUAAAAGCUUUUACAGAUGUCCCUUCUAUUCAGAUCUAUUCUAGUCGAGAACUUGAAGAAACGUUAAAUAAAAUCAGGGAAAUUUUGUCAGAUGACAAACACGAUUGGGAUCAGCGUGCCAAUGCGCUUAAGAAAAUUCGAUCAUUGCUUGUUGCUGGAGCUGCACAAUAUGAUUGCUUUUUCCAACAUUUACGCUUGUUGGAUGGAGCACUUAAACUUUCAGCUAAGGAUCUUAGAUCCCAGGUGGUUAGAGAAGCUUGCAUUACUGUGGCCCAUCUUUCAACAGUUUUGGGAAACAAGUUUGAUCAUGGCGCUGAAGCCAUUGUACCUACGCUGUUCAACCUCGUCCCCAAUAGUGCAAAAGUCAUGGCAACUUCUGGAUGUGCAGCGAUCAGAUUCAUCAUUCGGCAUACUCAUGUACCCAGACUUAUACCUUUAAUAACAAGCAAUUGCACAUCAAAAUCAGUCCCUGUGAGAAGGCGUUCAUUUGAGUUUUUAGAUUUAUUGUUACAAGAAUGGCAGACUCAUUCAUUGGAAAGACAUGCAGCUGUCCUGGUUGAAACUAUCAAAAAAGGAAUCCAUGAUGCUGAUGCCGAGGCCAGAGUGGAAGCAAGAAAGACAUACAUGGGUCUUAGAAACCACUUUCCUGGUGAAGCUGAAACAUUGUAUAAUUCCCUUGAGCCAUCUUAUCAGAAGAGUCUUCAAACUUACUUAAAGAGUUCUGGCAGUGUAGCAUCUCUCCCUCAGUCUGACAGGUCUUCAUCUAGCUCGCAAGAAAGUCUCAAUCGCCCCUUUUCUUCCAAGUGGUCUACAGCAAACCCGUCAGCUGUGGCUGGAAGAGGCGGCAGCAAACCCAGUUCCCUUCCAGGAAGCCUGCAGCGUUCACGAAGUGACAUUGAUGUGAAUGCUGCUGCCGGUGCCAAGGCACAUCAUGCUGCUGGCCAGACCAUGCGAAGUGGGCGCUUAGGUGCAGGUGCCCUGAAUCCAGGAUCCUAUGCAUCACUAGGUCGGGUGAGAGCAAAGCUUUCAACACCACUUGCUGGCAUGGCAAAUGCCAAGACAGAUUCUCGAGGAAGAAGUCGAACCAAAAUGGUGUCUCAGUCACAGCGUUCAUCAUCACCUGACAAAAAUGAAGGGGACGAAAACUCUUGGAUCAGAGCAGGAUCACAAUCUGCUAAUACCAUUGGUGCUGGCAGCCGGUCUGGAUCUCCAGGAAGAGUUCUGACCACAACAGCCCUCUCCACUGUGAGCUCUGGUGUUCAGAGAGUCCUGGUCAACUCAGCCUCGGCACAGAAGAGAAGCAAGAUACCCCGGAGCCAGGGCUGUAGCAGAGAGGCUAGUCCAUCUAGGCUCUCAGUGGCCCGGAGCAGCCGCAUCCCUCGACCAAGUGUGAGUCAAGGGUGCAGCCGAGAAGCCAGUCGGGAGAGCAGCCGGGAUACGAGUCCUGUUCGCUCUUUCCAGCCCCUCGCCUCCAGACACCAUUCCAGAUCCACUGGUGCCCUCUACGCCCCCGAUGUGUACGGGGCCUCAGGUCCAGGGUACGGGAUCAGCCAAUCAAGUCGACUGUCUUCUUCUGUCAGUGCCAUGCGAGUCCUGAACACAGGUUCUGAUGUGGAGGAGGCGGUAGCAGAUGCCUUGCUCUUAGGAGACAUACGGACUAAGAAAAAACCUGCUCGAAGAAGAUACGAAUCGUAUGGAAUGCAUUCAGAUGAUGAUGCCAACAGCGAUGCGUCCAGUGCUUGUUCGGAGCGCUCCUAUAGCUCUCGGAAUGGUAGUAUCCCUACAUAUAUGAGGCAGACCGAAGACGUGGCAGAAGUCCUCAAUAGAUGUGCCAGCUCCAACUGGUCAGAAAGGAAAGAAGGCCUUUUGGGUCUGCAGAACUUAUUAAAAAACCAGAGAACGCUGAGUCGAGUUGAACUGAAAAGAUUAUGUGAGAUUUUCACAAGAAUGUUUGCCGAUCCUCAUGGCAAGAGAGUGUUCAGCAUGUUUUUGGAGACUUUAGUGGACUUCAUACAAGUCCACAAAGACGAUCUUCAAGACUGGUUGUUUGUACUGCUGACACAACUCCUAAAAAAAAUGGGUGCUGAUUUGCUUGGGUCUGUUCAGGCAAAAGUUCAGAAAGCCCUUGAUGUUACAAGAGAAUCUUUUCCAAAUGAUCUUCAGUUCAAUAUUUUAAUGAGAUUUACAGUUGAUCAGACUCAAACACCAAGUUUGAAGGUGAAGGUUGCUAUCCUUAAAUACAUAGAAACUCUGGCCAAGCAGAUGGAUCCAGGAGAUUUUAUAAAUUCCAGUGAAACUCGCUUGGCAGUCUCUCGGGUUAUCACUUGGACAACAGAACCCAAAAGUUCUGAUGUUCGGAAGGCAGCACAGUCCGUGCUGAUUUCCCUGUUCGAACUCAAUACCCCGGAGUUUACAAUGUUAUUAGGAGCUUUACCAAAAACUUUUCAGGAUGGUGCUACCAAGCUUCUUUAUAAUCAUCUUCGAAACACUGGCAACGGAACUCAGAGUUCCAUGGGGAGUCCUCUAACAAGACCCACACCACGUUCACCAGCCAACUGGUCCAGUCCUCUUACCUCUCCCACCAACACAUCACAGAAUACUUUGUCUCCAAGUGCAUUUGAUUAUGACACAGAAAAUAUGAACUCUGAAGAUAUUUAUAGCUCCCUUAGAGGUGUCACUGAAGCAAUUCAGAAUUUCAGCUUCCGUAGUCAAGAAGAUAUGAACGAGCCAUUGAAAAGGGAUUCUAAAAAAGAUGAUGGCGAUUCAAUGUGUGGUGGCCCUGGGAUGCCCGACCCAAGAGCAGGAGGUGAUGCUACUGAUUCGAGCCAAACAGCCCUUGAUAAUAAAGCUUCAUUGCUCCAUUCCAUGCCCGCUCACUCCUCUCCGCGCUCUCGAGACUAUAACCCGUACAACUAUUCAGACAGCAUCAGUCCCUUCAAUAAGUCUGCCCUCAAGGAAGCCAUGUUUGAUGAUGAUGCCGACCAGUUCCCUGAUGAUCUCUCCCUAGACCACUCCGACCUGGUGGCAGAGCUGUUGAAAGAGCUGUCUAACCAUAACGAACGUGUAGAAGAGAGGAAAAUUGCCCUCUAUGAACUGAUGAAGCUAACACAGGAAGAAUCUUUCAGUGUUUGGGAUGAACACUUCAAAACAAUAUUACUUUUACUGCUUGAAACCCUUGGGGAUAAAGAGCCCACAAUCAGGGCUUUGGCAUUAAAGGUUUUAAAAGAAAUCCUGAGGCAUCAGCCAGCAAGAUUUAAAAACUAUGCAGAACUGACUGUCAUGAAAACAUUGGAAGCACAUAAAGAUCCUCAUAAGGAGGUGGUGAGAUCCGCUGAGGAAGCUGCAUCGGUGUUGGCCACUUCAAUCAGUCCAGAGCAGUGCAUCAAAGUGCUUUGUCCCAUCAUCCAAACUGCAGAUUACCCAAUUAACCUUGCUGCAAUCAAAAUGCAAACAAAAGUGAUAGAGAGAGUGUCCAGGGAAACUCUUAAUCUGCUUUUACCAGAGAUUAUGCCCGGCCUCAUACAGGGUUAUGAUAACUCAGAGAGCAGUGUUCGGAAAGCUUGUGUCUUCUGCCUGGUGGCUGUGCAUGCAGUCAUUGGUGAUGAACUGAAACCGCAUCUCAGUCAGCUCACUGGCAGUAAAAUGAAGCUACUGAAUCUGUACAUCAAACGUGCACAGACAGGCUCUGGAGGAGCUGACCCCACUACUGAUGUUUCUGGACAAAGUUAGUGACGCUCAUUGACGUGAACCAGGUCUCUCAACGGAAGGACAGACAGACCACCCUCAUCAGUGAAAGGAAAUUUUCAAAUACAUCUUUUGGAACUUACCAUUGUUUCCUAGUUUUAGUUUUUUGUUUUGUUUUGUAUUUUCUGUAACAGAGGACUAUCCUCAGUCUGCAUGUAACUUUUCGAUAGUUAUUCCAAAUUCAAGAAGAAGCAGUAUUAACAACAGUUGAUCAAUACAAAGUAAUUUUAAAUCAAACUCAUCAUUUCACAUGUUUGUACUUAUUUGUCUUCCCAUUAACCUUUGCCAGUGUUAUGACUGUAUAAAUUUUUUUAAUGCUGGUUAAACAGGAAUGCUUAAAGCUUUAAAAGUUUAACAGUCUAAAACUUUUUUUUGCUUUUUUUCAAAUGCAGAAUAAUAUUUUUAUUGCUACUUUAGUUUUGUUUCCUAUCAUGUCCUAUGCUAGAAAUAUUGAAAUGACGUGAAACAAAGCAGACUAAUUUGAGCCACAGCUGGACUCUGUCGGUGUGACGGUGAUACAUGUCAUUAGUUGCAACUUCUUUGGGGUUACCGGUAGUUUAAAACUAAUGCCUCAAAGAGAAAUGUUACAGAAUCAGCCAGUUUUGUAAAACUGAUCCUGUUUGUUGGUUAUUGAUCUUGCCAUCUUUAUUUAAAACAUGUCCCUCUAUGACCCCUCAAGAAAGCUGCACCAAAUCAUCUGCCUGUCUUUUUCUUGAUACUUAUUAAAAUAGAAGGUUUCAUUGCAGGGUUUUUGGUUUGUUUGUCUUUGUUGUGAAUGAUGCUUUUUUUAUAUUUAUUAAUAUCAAAUUCACUUAUGAAUAAACUUGAUAAUGGAAACAGACAAAAAAAUCAAGUGCAUGUAUGUCCUUGACAGUCUUCUGUUUCUCAUUUAAUAAACAAACUAAUUAUUGAGACAUGGGAGUCGACCAGCACCUUUUGUUUAAAUGGUGGAACCUGGUUUCCUUUUACCAUGAAAUUGUCUUACUUGAAAACGUUGAUCCUGAUGAGAGAGAAGAUGGUGCCAAGGCUAUGACCUUGUAUAAUGGGCUCAAAUUCUCUACCUCUUCAGGGCUAAUACUUUUAACUGAGCUGCUGCCUAUAGUGUCUUUUGGAAAACUAUUUAAAGGGUGAUUUCCUGUUACUUUUUUAAAUCACCUUUUGCUACAUCUAUUCUUUCCGUGUGCAGCCAACUUGCAAAAAUUACCGGGUUUGGUGGAAGACAAAGUAGAUAAUUUGGAACCAGGAUACUAACGAUUGCUCAUCUUGACUUUUUUUUAAUCCUAACAUAAAGUGAAUUUGACUGGAAAGGCAAAUAGCUAUUAGGGAGCAAUUUGCUGUUGUUAACAGAGUUAUCUGUACUUUCUUUGUUUAAUUGAAAAAAUGUAGAAAUGUAUGUAAAGACUUUAAGACAAAAGUACUGAAUGGAUGAUUUGUCAUAGGCUUUUACCUUUGUUUCUGUUCUAGCAGCAGGAAAAGUUUCUCUAUAUCUCCUCCCCUUUACCUGUAACAGUUUUGUUUUCUACUGUUAAUUACAUUGUGUAUUUAUAGUUCUAUGCUUACUGUUGUGCAUAUACUGGCAAUAAAACUGUACAUAACAUUACUUGAAAAAAUUAACAAUGUAUAUCAGUUGUGUUGCUGUCUCACUGUGUGACAAGUCACUUAUCUCAUAGCUAGUUUUUAAAAAUCUUUAAAAGG